AUGCCAUCUUCCCAGCCGCUCAUCAAGACCGUCCCCCACACAGUCCGCAUGAGCUACCGCAUCGCCCGCGGCGAGCAAGGCGUGCUCACCUUUGAGCCCUACAAGUCCUUCCUCCUGCCGCUCUGGCGCUUCCGCACGGUGCCCAUCGCCGUCACGAGCUCCGCGGCCCUGUGGCGGGAGUUCCGGCAGUUCGGCGCCGAGGGGGACUUUGUGGGCAUGGACAUGGCGCGCAAGUUUAUCCAGAUGGGCAUGACGCGGGCCAAGAGGUACGCGAACCACGCGGGCGGGCGCAAGUACAAGAAGGGCACCACGUCGCGCGAGGAGCUGCCCAGGAGUGAGAACCACCAGGGCAAAGCAGAGAAGGAGGAGGCGAGUCUGGUGUUCAAGAAGGUGUGGGAACGGUGUAAGCGGGACGAGGUGUAUCAAAGGCUAAAGGAGGACUUUUUGCGUGAGCAAAAGGAAUGGGACAAGUCGCAAUGA